AGAGCGCUGAGCUUUACGUUCAUGUAAAACCAGCUUCCGGAGGGACUUUUACCGACAUUGCCAUGUGGAUCUUUUGCCCCUUCAAUGGUCCAGCCACCAUAAAAGCUGGACUGUGGAGUUAUACAUUCAACAGAAUAGGUCAACAUGUUGGCGACUGGGAACAUUUUACUCUCCGUUUGAGCAACUUCAACGGCGAGCUUUGGAGCGUGUACUUUUCAGAACACAGCGGUGGUGAAUGGUUGGACGCCUCUGAGUUGGAGUUCAUUGAAGGCAAUAAACCAAUCGUAUACGCAUCAAAACAUGGCCACGCCAGCUUCCCUCACGAGGGUUGCUACAUUCAGGGCUCGACCAAACUUGGAGUGGGAGCAAGAAACGACUGUGCUAAAAGCAAAUACUCAGUCGACUCUAGUUCCAAGUAUCAAAUCAUUGCUGCUGAGUAUCUUGGAGAUGGAGUUGUUACAGAGCCACAUUGGUUGCAGUACAUGAGGGAAUGGGGACCGACAGUCGUUUAUGAUUCACGUUCAGAGCUGGAGAAAUUACUCAAACACCUACCAUUUUUCGUCAGGUUUUCAGUGGAAAAUCUGAUAGAAUUAUUUCCCACUGAACUUUACGGUGAGGAAGGACCGACGGGGCCAAAGGAGAAGGACAACUGGUUUGGUGAUGAAAGAUGUUAGCCAACUUAUACUCUAAAUUCGUCAGUUUCUACUCCAGGUAUCUGUAAUUUUUUCUCUGAAUUCACCCACAGAUUGCAUCAGAUCCAACUCUGAGAGCUUGUGAGAACUCAGAUCACAGUACAAAAUGGCAUUCUUGGGCACUAUUCUGCCACUAGAUUGUGCAUUGUUUACAUGCAGAAUCAGGGAUGAAGUUCAUUACGGAUGUGGGCUAGUUCCUGCAGGUGUGAAAAUAUAUGAUAUAAUGUGUUGUUAUCAAACAUUGUAAUACCAAUAUAGCAAAUCAUAUGUUAAGCAUUUUGGACAGUGUUUAGGCUUCUGAUGAAAAUUUUGUGCUGUGAUUGUGUUGGUGAUGUAGGACAACUAUGCUGAAUUAUGUGAAACCAAAUAACUAUUACUAUUUAACAUUAA